GCCAGGUCCGCCGGCGGCGGGACAACGGCUGCACUAGGCCGCGUUACUGCCUCCGUCGCUAGAAACUCUGAGAUUGGGGAAAUUCUGGUUUGCUUUCCAGCUUCAUUCCCAGGGAAAGGAUCUCUCACCGAAAAAAAAUGCGUAACUGAUGGCUUGGGAUUCGCUCUGCAGAGAUGGCUUACUGCGCCCCAAGAUAAGAAGUGCCUCAAGACAGACUACAGGAAGCCAGAGCAGCUACAAAACACCUUCUCUGGAGGAGCUGCGGCGCCUGCUCUGGACACGCACGCAUCCCACUGGGCACAUUGACGAAGUCUGGCCAAACCUUUAUGUGGGAGACCUUUACGUAGCUCGUGACAAAGAACAGCUGAGCCGAAUGGGCAUCUCCCAUGUUGUGAACGCUGCUGCUGGGCGAUUUCAUAUCGACACUGGGCCCAAGUUCUACAAAGACCUGCCUGUGGAUUACUAUGGCAUAGAAGCAGAGGACAGCCCAAACUUUGAUCUCAGCAUUUACUUCUACCCAGUUGCUCGAUACAUAAGAGCAGCACUGAAGUCUCCAAGAGGCAAAGUACUAGUUCACUGUGCAAUGGGGAUCAGUCGAUCAGCAACUCUUGUCCUUGCUUUCUUAAUGAUCUGUGAAGAGAUGUCCCUCGCUGAUGCCAUUCGGACUGUGCGCUCACACAGAGGCAUCUGCCCCAACUCCGGCUUCCUCCAGCAGCUUUGGGAGCUGGACCUCCAGUUAGCAAGGGAGAAACACAAAGGAGCAAAGGCCUUCUAGCUGGAGAGGGGGGCGGCACUCUGCCACCAGGCUGGGAGAGCGUAAGGAGGCUGAAUCUGGACUGUUUUGGAGUUGCAUUGAGCAACUUCUCUGAAAAUGGCUGUCUAUGAGCAAGCUGGGUAGAAGCUUGGUAUGUAUUUUUUGGACAAGCCCAGUAAUUGAAGGAAAAUGAAAUAAAGAAUUCAAAGCAGCA